AGCGUAUCCCAACCAAGCAAUAACUCUCACGCACUCCUCUCUCUACCAGCAAGCCUCUCUUGCGUGGCUAGCGCUCUGUUUCAUUAGGGAACGGGUCAGGACGACCGUCUGCAUCGUCCGUGCCCUUUGAACGCAACAUUAGCGCAUAUUGGCGUUAUGUCUACACCACGAGAAACUGUGAGCAUUUAUUUGCGUGGUGUCGCACUUCUUGCCAUGACUGCUUGCUUGGGCCGAGCGGAACUUAUUGAACGCAGGCCAGAGCUAGCCAAAUAUCAGGAUGCAUGGAAGUCACUCCUAACACAAGGAAAAUAUUACCUGUACAUGAGGACCUAUGAAGAGGAACCUUUCUAUGGCUACAAGCAGAGAUGUGUCUUCACUGAAUUGAUUUCGGUAAACGAAAAAGAAAAUUACACGGUCAACAACUUUGGAUCUCUUGACCCCAAGGAUGGUUCAGUGAAAAAUGGAACUGCUUAUGCAUGGGUCAAGACAUCGGACGGUUACCCUAUUCCCAAUGUUAUCGAGUCUUCGAAUACACUCGAAAAGGACUUCACUGUCGAUUAUGUAAUGGCCUUUUUGGAGUACGAUAACUGCGAGAUAAUGAGACUCCCUCACCGGAACAACGGAUGCGAACUUUGGGUAAAAGAUGGAAAAGUCGACGACAUCAAAUCACUGUGCUUCUUCAUAUACCACCUGCUCUGCGGACCAGAAAAGUACAUGGUAUACGACAAGCAGAUGUGCAAAGGGGCAUAAUUUCACCUGCAGGCGUAGUUGCGACAACAGCGGGAAUGAGCAUGAGUUGUGGAGGAAUUACCGAGCGGCUGGCAAUAUUUUAAUUUUAGUAUUUCUUCUGCUUGGCUGUCCCAUGUAUUAUUUUGUGCCCUUCAUUCCUGAUAAUAAACUCGUCAAUUCCUCAAAAUUCCGUAGCGCCAGAUAUUGGCAUCGUAUUUGCAAAAUUAGGUUCA